GUUUGCCAGUAGUUAAAGCAAAUCGCCGAAAUUCCCCCACCUGCAACGAAUAGUGAGAUUUGCUCUGCUCGCUCGCCGCCGAUUCCACCGCCGCGGCCGGGGAAGCUACUCCUACCGCCGGCCACCGUCGUCUCGCGUUCUUGUGCUGCUUGCGGCAAGGGCGAGCUCCAGGGCAGGCUCCGAAUCGAGAAAGAGCCCGACAGCCAUGCUGCGGCACCUGAGGUCGGCCGCGGCGAGGAGUCCCGUCCGCUCGCCGCCCCCCGCGCUGACGACGAGGGACGACGGUUUCGACGAGGAGGAGGAGGAAGAGGAGACCUCGAGGGCCAUCGCCGUCUCCGACCAGAGGACCAUCUACCUGGUGAACAUGUUCAUAGCGAACACGGUGGAGUUCCUCAACUCGUUCGCUGCGACCUGCAACGACAAGCUUUCCCUCCUGCAUAGGAAAAUAGUGAAACUAGACUCAUCUCUCACCCUUCUGGAAGCAAAGCUGCAUAGUAUUGAUGAUGCUAAUGCAUUGGGACAUUCAACAAACCAAAAGGCACAUGGGUUAUUCACAAAUGACGAAAGAUUUGAUCUGGGUGAAUCCUCCAGAUCCGGUGAUGCUUGAUUAUGCUACACUGACAGGCAGCAUGAGGUAUAGCCGUGGACAGAUGAGAACUGACGCAGAAUGCAUUGACAAACUCUGCGAUUUGUGUUGGGUCUUUUGGAGCAACAGAUAGUUUUUAUGCACAAAAACUCACGGCUUUGGUUUGGACAACUCAUGCUCUCGCCUUCAGUCUAUGACUCCUCAGCCCCAUACGAGAAUUUUGAGAUGCUGCGUUGCUCUCUCCUGUUGUCCUGGGAACUUUGCUCUGGUGAAACUGAAGGGAAGAGUCCAAGAACAAUUUGCAGGCAUUUUGCAUCCCUGAAAUUUUGAGGCUGACACCAAGAGUUUGAGACUGCAACGUACUAACCAAUAUCUGACUGGCAUUUAAAGGCAUUUCAGCUGGACAGAAGUUACAUUUUCACUUGAGUUAGCUUCAGUUUUGUCAUUGUUACAUAGGUAGAAUAGGGUUGCUAAGCCGGAGUACUUCUGAAGCACAAAGGGUAUGGAAUUCGGAACCGAUGCUGCCUUUUCGAUGUGUAUACGAAUCAGUCAUUUUCUUUUACCAAAUGAGAUAAAAUAUCUGUAUACCUCACUGGCCUGCUUGUUUGAGCACUUUUGAGCUGUGCCUUGCAUGCCGAAGGAACGUGCUCAAAGCAACCAAAUAAAUUAAGGUCUAGACUCUGAGCA